CAGUCACUAUUGUUUAAGCUGUGAAGAGCGCGGAAGUGGAGUUCGGUUGGGAAACCGACUGUCGAAGAUUGCUGCGGUCUGUGGUUGAUACCUGCUUUCAAUAUAUCUGCGAUUUUCAGUGCAGAUUCAAGAAUCUUGAUAAAGUAACAUCUGCAAUCAUCAGAUUCAAGGCGACUGUUUUACUCUGGGCAAUUAGCAAGUUGUUUAAGAAAUUAUUCAAGAAGAGCAAUGAAUUACAAAUUCCUGGAAAAUACCUUUACGGUUAUAACCAUAGCCAUUCUUGGUAGCUGUCAAGCUGCAAAUGUAACAAGCAUUGGAAUUACAACAGAUCUGCUGUCUUCAACAAUGAUGCCUUCCAAUUCAGCUGUCGCCACUUCCAUAAUCGAACUUGGACAAUCAUAUACAUCAGUUUUCACAUCCUCAUCUUUAUCUCAUCUCAACACCAGCGCUAUAAACAGCGGUUUCUCUUCCACUGUUUCGUCUACUUCUACCGCUGUUGGUGAAAGCAAUACAACCAGCAGUGUUACUUCAAAUGAAUCAACUAAUUCAACGGUCAUGCUUGGAACACCGACUACUUCUUUGCCUGCUAACUCAAUUCCUGCAGCUGCAACGUCUACACCGACUUCUUCACCUUCAAGUCUGGAAGCAACGACAGGCCUAUCCACGCCUGUAGCAUCAACCCCAACUCCAUCUCAAUCACAAACGUCUAAAACCGCACAGCCGUCCACAAGCGUCUCACCAAAUACUGGUGCUACCUUCAAAGGAUGCGGUGCAAAUCAGAACUCUUGCAAGAAUGAUGGUAAAUGUUACAUUGGAACUGACAACUCGAUGUUAUGCGUAUGUACUGGUGACUAUUAUGGCAGCAAAUGCGAAAAAGAGGCCAAUCCCUUGUUCAAACCACUGGUUUACGCAUUUGGUGGUGCAACUGGUUUUCUGUUACUCGUCAUAUGCAUUGCUCUUAUCAUUUCCUGCAAAAAGGCUAAAGGAUACGACACAAACUCUUCCAAAGAUUUAGAUGGUUUCAACAACAUCGGAUUGCGUGCGAAGGGAGCUAUUAACGAUUCAUUGAUCAUUGAAUGACAUACUCUAGCUACGCCCUAUAACGUCAUUUUUACCUCAUUCUGAGAUAGAGCCCAUUCCAAUACCAAUUACGCUGAAAGUAGAGAUAAACAAUUCUUGUAGUCUAGAUGCACAAGUGUUGCAUAGAUCCAUGUCUGCUGGACAGAAUAUUUGUCAGAAUCUUUAUUUAAACUUUAUGGUAUUGUUCAUGGUUUGAAAUUAGUUUUGAUAAGAAAAUUAGUUAAGAAUUUGUUAACGGAAUUGAAAGAAAACAGCAUGAUGCUUACUUAAUACUGGUCUUAGACCCAGACUAUUAAGAAUAAAACUUUGGAAUUGACAUAUAAUCUGUGAUUGAAGAACCGACCCAGACAUCUGUGAAGGAGCCCGACAUGUCCCUGAAAUUUAGGCCCAUCUCAAGAUGCUUUAAAUUAAGUACUUUCCUCUGCUGAAAAUAUUCCCUUCCGCAUCAUAAAACAUUUGUUAAUUCUGGGGCCUAGUCGUAAACAAAUAGCUAUACGCAGUAGACUUAAUUCAUAUACGCACUUUGCGUUUGAUUGUCACAAUUUUUUUCUUGGAUUGUGGCCAAAAAAGGGACUUGAUCAGGUGAGGGAAAAGUGAUGUUUCCGACAGAAAAAUAGUAUAUUUAGGAAUUCUGAUACUGUUAAGGGCUAAUAUUGGAGCAAUGUGAAUUUGCUGUUUGCAUUUUCAUUACUCGUUGUAGUUAAUCCUUUUGGUAGUUUAACCUUAUUUGAUGCUUUUUUGUAACUGGUGUUUUCGAUUGAUGAUUAAAGAUAAAUAAAUGGAAAUUUCAUAGUGAAUAAAUUGUAUUGGUACGUGAAAAA